ACUAAUUCUAUAAACAGAUGAGGGAAUAACGCGGCUCCUCAUUGGUUGCUGGGUGGAGUGUGGGGGUGGGGGUCCCUAGGGGAGUUUCAUUGCAAUGAAAAUUUAAUUAAUGUGGGUGGGCUGAGAACCCCAUCGACUGUUUAUGAUGGACAAUUUAUUUCUCAGCGCAAAGUCAACAUAACAGCAAACGUACAACAAUUAUUCCGGGGCCCUCAUGAGGCUGCACAGUCAGUCAGUGGAGGGAAGGAGCUCUGGGAGCAGGCUCAGCGUUCCCCGGAUCACAAACCAGCUUCCACGGCGUCAUGACUCUCUACCAUGGCCGUCUGCCGUCGCUCGGAGUGCCACCCCCUGCUCUGGGCCUCUCCGCCCCCCAGCUCAUCUAUCUGUAUGGAGGGGACAGUGGAGGGGUCGUGCCGGCCGGCCUGAGCUUCGUGCCGGCCCGCCAGGAGCCUCCGCAGAAGCCGCCCUACAGUUACAUCGCGCUCAUCGCCAUGGCCAUCAAGAGCGCACCGGAGCAGCGCGCCACACUCAGCGGCAUUUACCAGUUCAUUAUGGACCGGUUCCCCUUUUAUCAUGACAACAAGCAGGGCUGGCAGAACUCCAUCCGGCACAACCUCUCCCUGAAUGACUGCUUCAUCAAGGUGCCCAGAGAGAAGGGUCGGCCUGGCAAAGGCAGCUAUUGGACGCUGGACACCAAGUGUCUGGAUAUGUUUGAGAACGGCAACUCCCGCCGCAGGAAGCGGAAGGCGAAGAGCCCACAUGAAGCUCUGGGCUCCAAAGCCGCGGGUCUCAAGCGCACCAAGGGUCUGGGGCCUGCAAGGGACCCUCAGAUUUAUCUGAAACAUCAGAGUGGCUCGGAGAUAGCAGAGGUACAAGCGAGGCAGAAUGUGGAAGAAACACAAUAUGACAAAAAACAUUUUCUGGUGGAUUUUAACCACGCUGGACAGCCCCGAAAUCCCCCCAUACAGAGACUUAGGGGGCCCCACAGCCACGACGCACUUGCAUCCACAGGGAGGAGGCUUGACGCGCCACAGCCUGAGCAGUGUCGCGCUCCGGGACACGCUUCACUGUGGACGGACGGUGCGUAUCUCCCAGGCGCGUCCCUCCGCCGGGAGCCAGAGGAGAGAAGGUCAGCGUUCAGUGGGAGAGAGAGAGAGAGGGGUCCGCUCUGCGUUGUCAGCUGCUCAGGAAACACAAACGUGGAUGCGCUCGCACAGGACAGGCCGAAAGGAAACGUUGUGAGCAGGGAUAAGUCGAAAGGUUUUAGCAUCGAGAGCAUCUUAUCAAAAGGCGAAGACGAAAGGCGCAACAGCAUCCUCAGUUUGUCAGCGGAGACGUGCGCAGAGCUCCAGAGUCCAGCUGUCAGUUCAUCCGUGAUCCUCGGUGCUCGGUCGCAUCAGUUGUACCAGAUGGGGUUCCCCCUGUGCUCUUACCUGUCACUCACCUGCCCUGACAGAGUGCCACAUUUUAAAUGAGUACAGUGUCGGAUUCAGACUUGUAAGAGUGCGUAAAGGUGUCUGUAACCAGCUCCACAUAACGAGUCACCAUGAGACAGUUCGCUCUUCAGCUCACUCUGGAUCUCUGCUAAUUACAUCGUGUACAGUUCAGACAAUGACGGACAGCAGCUGGAAGCAUACCUCAUUGUCGGGAGCGUGCGUGUUGUCACCAGUCUGUGUUUUUUAUCAUUACUGUUAACUCCUUAAAUUCUGUGCCAUUCAGUUUAAUGCUUAAUAUGACAAAACCCUAGAAACAUAUAACGACUUUGUCUUGUGAAUAUUUAGGGAAAGCUCAUGUAUACAGUCUUUCUCUCCUCAUUCACGAUGAUUAAAACCCUCAAGGACAUGUCUGC